GAAAAUCUUUUUCCGUCUUUCUUUUCUCUUUCAAAAAUCUGCCUUGGCCCUCCCUUGUCUUUCCCUCCUGGUUCUCCUCGUUCUUGUAAAAAAAAAAACCAGAGAGAGGGAGCUUCCUUUCUCAUCUUCUUAGAAAGAUGUUUCCUCAACAAUGGACUCCUCCUUGUGGAAGCCAAUGCACGAAAAAGUACGCAGCUCUCACGCAGAUUCCAUGGAGAGUUUUUUGCAAAAAAGGUUGUGAUGCUGAUGGUGAUACAUGGGAAGAAUGGCAUCAAGAAAUGCAAUGUGAACCACAAAAAGCCGGUUACCGUUGCAUGCUGGAUGCCUGGGCCCACACCCAUGAAGGGGUGUUCAGGGUCUCAGAUGACGUCCACGUAAGAGUGGUAGAGGGUGUGGAAGAGUGCAAUGAGAUAUGCUAUAAGGAUCCAGUUUUCAAGGACCAGCAGUGGAGUGCUUUCAUUGAUCGUUCCCCAGGAUCUGAAGAUUACUCAAAGGUUUGUUUUCAGGCAUGCGUAUCUGGUUGUGGUUACAAGCUUGGUAUCCCAUCGGAGACAGUUGACGUGAUUCAGCCAAAGAGACCACCUAAGCCUUGCGUAGAGAAAAAACCUCCCCCCCCAUCUAUUCCAGCCGAAAGCAUCCCAACUGCUGAAGAGAUGGCUUGUAAUUCUGCGUAAAAGGAGAUACUACUGUCCGUUUGUUAUUACUGAAACUUGUCUUAUAAAAGAAUCCCCGCUUAUUGGGGUAUACAAAAUUUUGAAAUUACCCUCACCAUCACCCUUUUCUCAACUCAACUUUAAAACCUUUUUUUUCAGGCCUCUUGUUCUCCUCUUCCAAUCUAACUUUUUCUAGUGUUCUUCAGCUGCACAUGCACAGUCCAUGGCAGCGGCAUAUGUGAUAUUGUAACUUGGAGAAAACCAAAGCUUGGUCUUUCUCUAUUUUAGAGAUCCUUAAUUCUAAAUAGUAUAUUGGAGUUCAGUUUUCUGAGUAAGGAAGAAACAAAUCUUAUUUGAA